AUGGUAGGUAAAUGCCCAGGAUGUGGAUGGAGCCCUAAAACUGGAAAAACAAGAGAUCUUAAUAAGCAUAUGGAUCUAACACGAAAUAGACCAUGUCAAGCUUUAUUGCAACUAUCUCGUAAUACUCAGCCUAUAUCACAAGUAACUGUAUUGGAUUCCAAUACUAGAAAAUCAGAAGUGAUUUAUCAAGAUUAUCCUCAACCACAAAAUUUAUUUCAAUGCAAACGUCUUUAUGAUCAAUUAUUGCAAGUUGAUUCAGAGGCAUAUGUUAAUGUCUCAGAAACACCUUUAAUGGAAGAAGAAAAACGUGAAGAGCAAGAAUUCUUUGAUGAAUCUGAAAUUGAAGAAGCAAAUUUUCAGCAUGAGCUAUCUCCGAUGGUACAGCCAGAAAUCGAUCCUGAAGCUGGUCCAGGCUCUCGAACCCAAGCUUAUCGUGAAGCCAGACUUACUAACUCAGAAGAAAUAGUAACUCAACAAACCAUGCCAUCAGAUAAUAUAGAAUUGCAACCUGUUCAAGAAUUGCUCAAUCGCAAAGAUGGAUUUCUAGAUUUAGAUAUAGAAGUGCCUUGGCCAGACCCAUUUCCCAAUGAUGAAGAACAUUGCGUAAUAUGGCAAAACAGAAUUCAGACUGCAAAGGAUAUGUUCAAGGUAGAUGGAGCUGAAUAUGCUUUCUCAACUUGGUUUGCAGAAGCUAAAGAGAUAGAUUUGGCCAGUAUAAUAUUAGGAGCAGAAAAUGAAGAUGAAGCUAUACAGGAGGUAUUUUUACAAUGCUUAUAUCGGAAUUAUUCAGAAGAAGAAAUCAAUGAGACUAUAAAAUUAGCAGUAGAUGCUUAUAGAGCAUUAGAAAAUGAAGAUGAAGCUAUAUAG